AUGAUGGAGAAAAUUCAAGACAAGAGACGGGCUGUUAGAAGGAGGAAGUUGUGGUUGCGGAACGUACGGCAGUGGACCGGCACCACAUCCACCGAUUGGAUACAGAAUUUCGUUGAAACUCAGCUGCAGAAGUUCAAAAGCCUCCCGGGGCUUAUAGGCUUCUUGGUUGAACGUCGAGUCGUCGAUGAUUUUCUGUUGUUCAUUGGCCACUCCCUCGCAGUACAAGAUGACGAGAAAGAUCGUUUCCACCGCUACCAAACAUGCUCUAGAUAA